CAGAGAGCUUCAGUUUGCCUUUUUUUUUAAACUAAAAUGGAGGCUGGUUUCUUGCCUUAAGGAGUACAGCGCCCUUCCCGCUGGAGCCUAGAUGUUGACAUGUAAUAAGGCGGGCAGCGGGAUGGUGGUGGAUGCGGCCAACUCCAAUGGGCCUUUCCAGCCCGUGGCCCUUCUCCACAUUCGAGAUGUUCCUCCUGCGGAUCAAGAGAAGCUUUUCAUCCAGAAGUUACGGCAGUGUUGUGUCCUCUUUGACUUUGUUUCCGACCCAUUGAGCGACCUGAAGUGGAAGGAAGUGAAGCGAGCCGCGUUAAGUGAGAUGGUAGAAUAUAUCACCCACAAUCGGAAUGUGAUCACAGAGCCCAUUUACCCAGAGGUCGUCCACAUGUUUGCAGUAAACAUGUUUCGCACCUUGCCACCCUCCUCCAAUCCUACGGGAGCAGAAUUUGACCCAGAGGAAGAUGAGCCAACGUUAGAAGCAGCCUGGCCUCAUCUGCAGCUUGUUUAUGAAUUUUUCUUAAGAUUUUUAGAGUCUCCAGAUUUCCAGCCUAAUAUAGCAAAGAAAUAUAUUGAUCAGAAGUUUGUUUUGCAGCUUCUAGAGCUCUUCGACAGCGAAGAUCCUCGAGAGAGAGAUUUUCUUAAAACUACCCUUCACAGAAUCUAUGGGAAAUUCUUAGGCCUGCGAGCUUACAUCAGGAAACAGAUAAAUAAUAUAUUUUAUAGGUUUAUUUAUGAAACAGAGCAUCACAAUGGCAUAGCAGAAUUACUGGAAAUAUUGGGAAGUAUAAUUAAUGGAUUUGCCUUACCGCUGAAAGAAGAGCACAAGAUUUUCUUGCUGAAGGUGUUGCUACCCUUGCACAAGGUGAAGUCUCUGAGUGUCUACCAUCCCCAGCUGGCGUACUGUGUUGUGCAGUUUUUGGAGAAGGACAGCACCCUCACUGAACCAGUGGUAAUGGCACUUCUCAAAUACUGGCCAAAGACUCAUAGUCCAAAAGAAGUCAUGUUCCUUAAUGAGCUAGAAGAGAUUUUAGAUGUGAUCGAGCCCUCAGAGUUUGUGAAGAUCAUGGAACCUCUUUUCCGGCAACUAGCCAAAUGUGUUUCCAGCCCUCACUUCCAGGUGGCAGAGCGAGCGCUGUACUACUGGAACAAUGAGUACAUCAUGAGCCUGAUCAGCGACAAUGCAGCAAAGAUCCUGCCCAUCAUGUUCCCAUCCCUGUACCGCAACUCAAAGACCCAUUGGAAUAAGACAAUACACGGCUUGAUAUACAACGCUUUGAAGCUCUUCAUGGAAAUGAACCAAAAGCUCUUUGAUGACUGUACCCAGCAGUUCAAAGCAGAGAAACUGAAAGAGAAGCUAAAGAUGAAAGAGCGAGAAGAAGCAUGGGUUAAGAUAGAAAAUCUAGCCAAAGCGAAUCCCCAGUACACAGUGUAUAGACAAGCCAGCGCCAUGAGCAUUCCGGUUGCAAUGGAGACAGAUGGGCCUCAGUAUGAAGAUGUGCAGAUGCUGAGAAAGACAGUGAGCAACGAAGCUUGCCAGGUAAAAGGUACUGAAAGAUCUGAAGAAGGGCCGUCCUCUUGCGCGCCGCAAGUCCGAGCUGCCUCAGGACCCCCACACCAAGAAAGCCUUGGAAGCUCACUGCAGAGCCGACGAGCUGGUCUCCCAAGAUGGGCGCUAGCCUCCGGAGCACCGUGUUGGGCUGGGCCUGCCAGUUCCCUUCUGGAUGCUGUAGAAAACAUACUGUUUGUGCCACACCAAUCAGUUACACUCAGAGUCACAGUCGAAGCUUCCUCCAGCCCCGUUCUAUAGGCAGUAAUGCACAUCCGCCUCAGCUCAAGAUUAGGAGUUCAAACAAUGGUGGCUUCUCUGGCCCUGUCAGCCAAGCCAUGGGCUGGUGACAUGUCCUCAGUGUUACCACCCCAGCAUGGCCCUGAGAUUGUCCCAGUCAGAGAUGUAGGAAAGCACCCUGGUCACCAUCCUCAUGUUCUGCCCAGGUGGAAUCGAUGGCCCUCUAAAUUAGGUGGUUCUGUGCUAAUACCAGUGAUUUCCAAAUCAAAAGAACACUUUAAAAAUUAUUACCUAUUUUUUAAGACUCUACAAUCUCUUGAAGUUUUUGUUUCCUGGUUGUCUCACAGAAAUGGCUCUCUGCUUUUACAUGCUAGCAGCCUACAGGGAAGUGACAUGACAAUCCUCAGCCACCUUCUACGGUCUCUCUUUACUUUGGUAAUGGCAUGCACAAAAUGCCCUACAUCUCUUGUGUCUACCGAAAGCCAUAUUUCCUAGUCUGUGGUAGAGCCCAGGAUUCCAGAAGUAAGCUUACUGGAGAAAGUCAUAUCAAAAGCACUUUCUCUGUCUCCCUUGUCUGGAAUUGGAAUAUUUAAAUUAUGUGUUCAUAUUUUUAUUUGUGGAAUCAGUUCAUCUACUUGCACAUUGUAACCUUUCAGCAAGGCUCUUGAAUUGAUAAAAUUAUAGUGGCCAAGAAUUCCAUAUCUGGAGAGUUACAAUGAAUUAAGCCACUUGGCCUAAUGCAAACUGCAGCUGCCUUUGGGCUUCAAGUAACAAGACAGCUUUGUCGGUGCUGCCGGGCCCCAUGCGCACGCGCACUCACCGCUGUGGGGAGCAGCAGCGAGGGUGAUGCUGGAAAGAGCUGUCGCCAGCCUCAUAAGGGAAGUGCAGUGUCUGCAUUGCCAUCAGUCUUCAGAUGCUGCUGUGUAUCUCUCAGACUUCUUGCAUGGAUUAAGCUUUUGUUUUAGAUGGAGUAGCACGAGGAGAGGUCCUGACACAUAGUGCUUUGUCUGGUCUUCGUUUCUCUCAGGGUGGCCAGUAUUUUCACUUAUUUAUCCUGCUCGAAAGCUACUUGAGAUGUGUACUGCUAUUCUGAACAGUGACUAGUUUCUUUUGUUUCUGGCAUAUAUAUAUAUAUAUACAUAUAUAGCUUAACGUUGAAUGUCUUGACACUUAAGAGAUAAAAUGUGGCUUCUUUUAAGAUGCGUUUUUUCAUUGUGGUCUUGGGUAUCCAUCCAUGAAAUGAUUGUGAAAUCAGACAUUGUACCUGUGUGGCUGCUGUACCUGCCGCCUGGGUUUCCUUUACAUCCACUGAUGACACUCAUUUCCUCCUGGCGGGGAGGAAAGGCAUCUGCGGGGAGGGUUCCCUGUGUGGAGAGCCAGCAGCAAGCACUAAAUGAAAAGUGGCCCCAGCUGGAGGUAGACAGGUCAGUUUUUUGAUGAGAACACUUCCUGAGAAACUUGACAAGUAUCUAUCCAUUUUACCAUUAUGAAAUCUCUUAAUUUUAAAAAAGUUGAGAUGCCUUCUCCUUUUGAGGGAAAAAGGGUGCUUUUUAUUAUAUAAAGCAGCGUCUGUGUAUUUUGAUAUACCAUUGUUUGAACUCUCGUCUUUAGCUGAUAGAUUCUCAGAUAUCCUUGAUUUGGGGGCGUUCCGUGUGUGGUGAGAGGCUCUGAGAAGACACCUUUGCCCUGGAUGGAAAGCAAGAUAGCAGUGUCUGGGAGAUUGUGUAAAGCUCAACAUAUAAGAACAUCUUCUGGUCUAGGUUUUAUUUCUGGUCUUUAUUGAAGACAAACAUUCACCAAUAAGGAAAAAACGUUUUGAGAGAAACUAAUUUUUUUUGACAAAAGUAUUACUUAAUAUUUUGGCCUAUUAAGGUUUCCCUAGCUAGUACUCGGAUUCCCUGUGCUAAUUGUUCGCCUUACAUAUUGUUAUUCAGAGACACUGUUUAUUUCCUAUCAGACUGGUUUCAAAAGUCCUGCAUUGAAAAUAAACCGGUGACUGUUUUUCUUCAUAAAGCUCUGCAUUUGGCAUCCUCACUCUUUCCAAAAUGUAUCUGUACCCCAGAAACGUCACAGUUCCAAGCGUCUUUUUAGUGUGGCUUCCUUUCACUAUUGUAUAUACAUUGUAUCUUUGUUCUAUGGUAAUGACUAAUAAAAUGUAGACUUCAUAUUUUGUACAAAAUGUCCUAUGUACAGAAUAAAAAGUUCAUAGAAACAGCAAAAAUAGGUAAGUGGCACAAUUAUUUUUCUUUAGAAAAUACCUGUAACUUUAUGCUUUAGUGAAAUGUUAAGUACCAACAUAUUUUUUAACAUUUUGUAAUUCAGAACUUUUUGUUUUGACAUUGUUUAUGAAGAGAGACUUCAUACACUUGCCAUUUAAUAUGCUCUUUUAUCUAAUUUUAAAGAACUCUUUAAAAUGGUGUAUUAUAUGGACUAAAUAAAGAACAUGUGAAUUUUA